GCCCGCAUUCCCGGGGCAGCCCUAGUCCUAGGGCUUGAGCGCUACAACGCGCUUUGAUCGUUCAUCGUCUAGAUCUUCGACCCCUCGCGGUCUCGUGCCAGAUUAGCAGCUGGAUGCGCGGCACAGACUUCCAGCCGAUUUCUCAGCGCCGCAGCGGGAGCAGCGAAGUAGGUUCUAGGGUUUCAUGGCCAGGACCUCGAGCGGAGGUGGAUCCAGGUUCGCGUCGUCCAAUCUCAACGAUCUCUAUGGCAAGCAGGCAUUGUCGGGUGUGAACAUCGGCUCUGGCGGAUCGAAAUCGAGGUAUUUGCAUGGCGGCACGCACGGAGGUAUGCUCGUUCUGGCCAGGCCAGUGCGAACGCCGCCGGGGAAGCAGGCUAAGCCGGCACAGCCCAAGCUCACAGUCCCAGCGCCCGUGAAUCUCCCCUCUCUUCGCAAGGAGCACGCUGGGAACGACCCUAGCAUCACGCUCGUCGGGGGGACUGGAGUUUCGGGAUGGUCCAAGCAGCAGGCCCCAAGCCAGCAGCAGCAGCAAGCGCUGGUGGAAGAUCCGGGCGUGGGCGAUGGCCAUCUCAAGUCCAACGGGUGGGGGAUGGCUCAGGCACAGCACUUUGCGCAGGGCGGCGGCGGCGGAGCUGCGGUGAUCUCCUCGGAGCAGUCGCCGAGGACAACAGGGAAGUACACGCCGCCGGCUGCUCGGGGCAGUGGCGCUCCUCUUGCGGCUGCUGCUCCUCCAGUUCGUGCUCCCACUGCUGUGGUGCUGCGCGGGGAGGAUUUUCCGACGCUCCAGGCUGCUGCUCCUCUCAAUCCCGUGCCGUCGCAGCAGCGGCAGCGGGAGAUCCAGCAGCGGCAGAAGGACAAGCAGCGAGAGAUGAAGCACCAGCAGCUCAAGUUGCAGCAGCUGUCGCAGAACCAGUUCGAGAAGGAGCUGGAUGAAGAUGAUGGCUACAAGCCGCCAUCGCCGGUUCUAACUCUCCAGCCGCAAUCCAAGCAGGGUGGUCUCAGAGACGAGUCUGUCCGGAGCUACUUUUCUCUCAAGGAGAACAGGAAGCCGAAUGACUUGUCUUUGAGACCGGGGCCUCUCAUUCACUUGACGCACACUUCCAACUGGGCUGACGAUGAACGAGAGACGGCUUCCGUGUCCAAGCCUCCCGACUGGGAAGAUCCACCGCGCUACGGACAGUCUUCUUUUGCUCGACCGGCAUUUCAAAGAGAGGAGCGAGCGAGCUACAGGAGGGAUGUGCCCGAGUAUGGUCGUAGCAGGGAAACGCAGGACUUCGGCUGGGAUAGAGAGGGGUCCUUCGGGAGAAACGACUGGAACUUUGGGAGGAAUAGCGGUUUUGAUAGAGCAGAGGCGGAUUCUAGAGGGAAUAGUUGGCGGAUGCGCGAUAGCUACCACCACAAUCGUGAUAGUUUUUCGAGGGAGAGCUUUUUCAACAAACCGGGAGGCGACAGGGGAAGGCUUGGUGCACGAAAUGGAGGUUUUGAUCUUCCGGUGCGAGUCCGUAGCCCGUACUCUGAAGAUACGUUCAUGAGAGAUUUUCCGGAGCUUCCAAACUUGGAUCUUCGGAUGGAUUUGAAGUACAGAAUGCGGAGGAAGAGGGAAGAUUCGAAUGAAGUCAGCUAUCGCGAUCUGGAACGCGAGUCAUUCGAAACGGAGCUUGAGAGAGUUCAGAAGGAGCAAGAGCAGGAACGGCAGAGAAAGAUCGAAGAAAGGGAGAGAGCAAUUGAGCUUGCGAGAAAGGAGGAGGAAGAACGAGAGCGUCAGGCAAGGGAAGAAGAGGAGCGCCAGCAAAGACUUGAAGAAGAGGCCAGGGAAGCUGCAGCCCGUGCAGAGCAGGAGGCCCUUGAUUCCGUUCGAAAGGUUGAAGAAGCUAAGAGAGCUCGGGAAGAGGAAAAGCGCAAACUGGUGGAGGAAGAGGAAAGGAGAAAGGAGAAUGCACGUCGAAAACUUCUUGAAUUGGAGGAGCGUAUCGCUAGACGUGAGAUGGAGAAAAAACAACCGAAAAAUGGAGUGGAGGCCCCUGGUGAAAGCAAUAUUCCAGCAACAACAACAAAGGCGCUAGAUGAUAACGACGACAGAGCCACUUCCAGAAUUUCUGGUUUUCGGAUGCAGCAGGAUCAAACCAGCUCCCGUUUACGAUCGCCCGACAUGCACAGGGUAACUCGUGAACCGGUCCCUCGUGGUGGAGAUGAUCGGUCACGACUUUCUUCUGCGUCUUGGAGAAGAGAUUUGGGCGAUCUUUCGUCUUUCCCCAACGAUCACGGCAACGGUAUGAUGCACUCUCCGGGGCGCAGAGUUCCAGAUGAAGGUGAUAAUUUUUACGGGAACGUGGAUGGGCCUGUUGACAGUUACAGGAAAGAUCGGGAAGACAAAUGGUCCUCAAACGGCGAUCAGCUGCGAAACAUGUUCGGAUCCCCGCGUCCAAACAACUUUCCAGAACACGUUUUCAUGGAAGACGAUAGACGUUGGAGCAGGCGGCCAAGGGAGAGCAGACCAUUUUCACCUCCUUCGCCAACUUCGUACGGCGGCAGCUACGAUGCUCCUGAUGGAGUUUCCUACGGACGCUUGCGGCAGUCGCUUCCAAAGCAGCCCCGUGUGUUGCCUCCGCCAACAAGAACACAUUCUCAGAAGCCGUCAUUUUCUGGAAGUCAAUCAGCUGCGUCAACUGUCACUUCAUCUUCAGAUCUACGAGAAGAUGUUGCUCCGUCUCAAACAGCAACCGAUGUGGAGAACACUCUGGCCGAGGAAAUGUUUCCGGAAGACGAAGCAUGUAGCGUAGGCGAUGUACAGAUCGACGUUACUGCUGAAGCUGUAGAGGCUGAUACGAAACAACAGGGUGGAAGCACAGUGGAAGUCUCCGGUGCUCCAAAUUUCGAGGAAGAGAUCUCUGAAACGGUGGAUGAGACGGUUGAUGAAGAGCAAAGGUCUGAUAUCAGCCACGAAGAAGACAUCUUGAAGGGCACCGGUGAGCAGUCAGAGUUCAACUCGGAGAUUCACGAAGAAGUAGAGCACAUUGAUGCAGCAGAUCUGAACGCCACCUUGUCAGAACUCGUGGACUCGAUCGUGGUGCUCCCAAAGACUGAAGUGGUGGAAGCUACUCAACUUGACGCCGUUCCUGUCGACGAAGACAAGUCGGAGGAAGUUGAGCUCAAGAGCGAGGUCAUUGAAGUUGUUCAGGCUUCUGAGGUCCCAGCUGCGUUACUGCCGUCACCAUUGCAAACUACACAGCCUUCUCCAGCCGGGCUGCAGCAACCGUUUCACCAUCCACCGAGUUUUGUUCCGCCACAGCUUCCUCUACUUGAUUCCAGGCCGAGAAUGCAAGGUCCAAUGCCAGAUCGACCAAUGACCCUUCAGUUCGGGCUUCUUCCGGGUACAUCUCUUCUCCAAGGCUCGAUUCCAGCGAUUCAGAUUGGCUCCAUUCAAAUGCCACUUCAGCUACAUCCUCCCAUCGGACAUCACGUCGCACACCUCCAGCCGCCACCUCAGUUUCAGUUCGGACAGAUUGGUCAGCAAGCACCACUACUGCCUUCGUUUACGGUUCAUCCUCAGGCAAUGAUGCAGCCUUCUAUCAUGAACAUGGAUGGCCAACAAGGCGUUCAUGGGCAGCAGUUUCGAAUGCAGCCACAUCCUGAGAGGACGUUUUGGACUCAUCAAUAUGGCCAGGGAGGUGCAAUACUCCAGUCUCCGGUCCAGAAUAAUUCGGCGAGCGAAAAACAGGUGGAGGUAACUGAACAUGACGAUGGAAAGCGCAAGAAAGACGCCGGAAAACCAGCAGCCGCAGCCCAGGAUUCAUGGAAGCCAUCUUUUACAGAUGGUCAAACCUCUGGUUACAGUCGUUUUCAAGAGAAAGUUGAUGCGAAGCAAUGGUCAGCGAGGCACGAGGGGCAUAGUUCGACAGAAUCUUUUCGUAAGAAGCCUAAUCGUCGGGGUAGUCUGGAUUUCAGAGCGCCAAACUUGUCAGAACGUGGACAUUAUGUACCGCGGAAGGGGGUUAAAGGUGACGACGAAAAUGAGAAGUCUAGGCAAGCGGCAGAGCUGGCUUCUUCCGAAAGAUUAUUUGACCCUUCCGGAGGGAGCGAAGAAGAUGACUUUAUCGAAGUCAGAUCAAAACGGCAGCUGCAGAAGGAGAAGCAAGUGAAAUCCAAGCCAAAGCACACAAAGCAGCAAGCUCCCAAGCAACGAAACGGGUCGAAGCCUCUCCCGCCUAGAGAUGCGAAAAAUGACAGUAUGCCCUUGGCAAAUUGCCUCGAUGUUGUAGUGACGACUUCAAGAACAAGGCAAGCUUCGCUAUCAAAUCCUGAAGUGGGGUUUGAAAAGAGAACAAGAAGUCCACAACCAACACAGAUAAAUUCCCUUGUUCCCGAGGCUCCAGCUUUUCCUCCGAUUGUUGGUGAAGGUCAGAGUGCGCAGGCUAAUGGAGCUGCAUGGGGUUUUGGUCGAUCCAAUCAAGAGGUGGUUACGCUUACACAGAUUCAGCUGGAGGAGGCAAUGAAACCAGCUCGGUUUGAAGUUCCACUUCCCUUGCAGGUACCUCUAUCAGAGCAUCUCAGUUCGGGACUAGAGUCCACAUCCACACCAUCUGUUACAGCGAAAGAGAAAGGUCCUCGGCCUGCUGCCGCAUCAGGGCCUGUUAAUUCUCUUCUUGCCGGAGAGAAAAUACAAUUCGGAGCUGUUACGAUGCCAGCAUUUGCGUCAACAGUCCCUUGGCUGGGUCCCUCCCGCUCGGAGGGAUUUCUGGGUGCUAGAAAAGAACUACAAGAUGAGAAUGAACUGGCAUCGUUUGGCAAGGGGAAACGCUCCCGGGAGAACGAAGACGGGACAAUGGACUCGGAGGCUGAAGCUGAGGCGGCCGAGGCAGAGGCAGCUGCAUCAGCUGUUGCUGUUGCAGCAAUCAGUAACGAUGAUUAUCUACACGGUGCUGACCAGCUCGUUUCGUCGCACGGUAUUAUUGGUUCUUCUAACAAAGGCUCUCCAGCUGGACUUGACACUCAAAACCCAACACAGUCUUCGGGGAUUGACGAGACCAUCAAUGUCUCACUUCCAGCUGACUUAUCCGUCGAUAUGCCACUGAGAGGACCUCCCACUUCUGGGCCACACUUGCCUUCGCUACCUGGCUUUCCUGGUUUGGAGAUGGGAACCUUGCUAGGUGGACCAGUUUUUGCAUUCGGCACGGGUGGUGAGGCCUCACGCGACUCCAACGGUGAACGUCCUGGUCCCGGUGGUUUAAACUGGCAUCCGCGUCACGGUGUUGACUCCUUCUACGGUGGCCCGCAUGGCUUCGCAGGGCCUUUCAUCAACCACGGACCGAUUCCAAGCAUUCCUCCACACACUCUUGUCUACACCAGUCCGUUUGGUGGCGUGGGCCAGUUCGGGCAGCUGGGUGUAAGCUACAUGGGACCGGCCCACAUACCUCCCGUCAAGCAGCCGGAUUGGAAACACACUCCAGUGACUUCUACGUCCUCAGGAGCAGGAACAAACAGUGGGGACGCUGGAGGUGGUAACGGACCCGGUGCCGGCGGUGGCAGUAUGCUCUACGCUCCGCACAGUAAUCGUCACUUGGGCCAUGAUCCGUCAGUCAUCUCGGUAGUUCCUCCUGGUCCAUUCGACAUGUACAGGGAUAUGGCAUUCCAGUCCCAGUGGUCGCACGUCCCGGGGCCGCAUGCACCGAUGUCUGGGCCGAUCCCGGGCUUUCCCCCGAUGCAUAUGAGGCACCCCCACCCGGCUUAUCACAUGCAGCAUCAAGCCGAUAUCGCCAACGAUCCGAGCAUGGCGUCCGCGGCGGCGGCAGGCGCUGGAGCACCGGCCGAAGCCAGCGACCAGUACCUGGACGAGCUCGGGCUGGGGGAUGCCAUGUCCACGGCCAGCUCCGACGCGAGCAACACUUUCGCUGUACACCAACAACAACAACAACAACAACAACAACAACAGCACAAACAUCACCAACACCAACACCAUCAACAACAGCAACAGGCAGCGCCGCCUUUCAAGCCUCCCAGCCCGGUGGUCUCGUCGCUACCCGCGGGAAGCAAACUACACUCCAGAGUGGUGGUCCAACCGGUGAGUGGAGCUGAGGGUGGCGGUGGCGGAGCUGGUGGCAGGCCAAACUCUGGAAGCUCUCGACCCGGCGGUGCUGCUGCGACAAUGCCGACUUUCCAGCCUCACUCUUAUGUCGCCACCGCCGCUGCCGGUGCUGCUGCUGCUGCUGCUGGCCCGCGACGCUCGAUCGGGCACCAGGACAGGAGAGUGGCUCACGGUGGCGGCAUUGGCAAAGUCGGGGUUGCAACAGGAUGGUCUAACCACAGCCACAGCCAACAGGGAAGGAGAGGUGGAGGAGGAUUUGCGGGUGAUGCCAGCGGUGGUAGCAGCAAAAACAGCGGCUCCUCGUCGUCGGUGGCGCCGGCUUCCAAGCUCAAGCAAGUGUACGUGGUGAAGCCUCCUCCUCCAGCGGCGGCGGUGGCGAUCAACACUGGCGGCGGUGAUCACCAUGCGGCAGAGAUCUUCUCGGCGGACGCGAGACACAUGUAGCGCGAGGCGAGAGGCGAGGCGAGGCGACAGAGGAGAGGAGGCGAGGCGACAGAGGAGAGGCGGCGGCGCGGCGCGAGCAAGCGAGACGGAACGAGGCACAAACGCUCAACGCUCAUCGCGCAAAGCACAAGAGCUUUCCUUCUUUGACGAGGUGAGAGAGUGAGUGAGUGAGAGAGAGGAGAGAGUCUUUUGGUGACGGGAACGAAGGGGAAGGAAGCUCUCACUUGCGAUGCUCACAUUCCUUUGAUUCCAGAGAGGGAUGGAUGGGCGCAACCGAGAGCUCCGCGCGCAAAAGCUUUGUAUUGGUAUUUACGAGGAGGAAGAGGAGAGAACAUCUCUCGAGCAAAGUUUGUGUUACUAGGCAACGAGGGCAAAAAGACUGACAGCGUGGGAGUGGUUUUGUAAUAAAACAACAUGUCUAUGAUUUAAAUUCUAAGACUAAUUAUAUUUCUAUGAA